UAAGUGAGCCAGGGAGGAGGGCCUACUGAGAGGUCUUUAGGUUCUGGGCAAUGUCUGAUUGGCACGUUAAAAGAGAUUCUUUGGUAAUCCAGUGCAUCAAUGAACUGCACAAAUUCAGUACAGGGCUGGAAUAAUUCAGGCAUGAGGACACUUUGUGCGUGCAGUCUCGAAAAGGCAGAGCCAAGAUGGAUAGAACCUUGGAAUCCCUGAAACACAUCAUUGCCCAAGUCUUGCCUCACAGAGACCCAGAUCUUGUAUUUAAAGACUUGAAUGUUGUAUCAAUGCUACAGGAAUUUUGGGAAAGCAAACAGCAGCAGAAAGCUGUGUUCCCAAGUGAAGGUUUGGUGGUAUAUGAGUCAUUGCCAUCUCCUGGGCCUCCAUUUGUAAGUUAUGUCACCCUCCCUGGAGGAAGCUGUUUUGGUAACUUCCAGUGCUGCCUAAGCAGAGCAGAGGCGAGACGGGAUGCAGCCAAAGUGGCCCUGAUCAAUUCCCUCUUCAAUGAACUGCCCUCUCGAAGGAUCAAAGAGUUCAUUAUAGAAAGCGUUCAGGAAGCCAUCGCCUCCACCAGCGGCACUAUAAAUGAUGCUGAUGACCCAAGUACCAGCAUAGGAGCCUAUCAUUAUAUGCUGGAGUCAAACAUGGGGAAAACUAUGUUGGAAUUUCAGGAGCUGAUGAUUGUUUUCCAGCUACUGCACUGGAAUGGAAGCCUGAAAGCCCUUCGGGAAACCAGAUGUUCUCGACAGGAGGUGAUUUCCUACUAUUCCCAGUAUUCUUUAGAUGAAAGGAUGAGGAGUCACAUGGCCCUGGACUGGAUCAUGAAGGAACAAGAUUCACCAGGGAUUAUCUCUCAAGAGCUGCAGAUGGCCCUGAGGGAGUUGGAAGAAGCCAGAAGAGCUGGACAAGAGCUUCGAUUCUACAAAGAAAAGAAAGAAAUCCUGAGUUUAGCCCUAGCUCAGCUCUGCAGUGACCAAAAUACCUCUUCGCCAAGGGACGAUCAGAUGAGUCUGGCUGCUUUAUGUGGCUACCACUAGAUGAAACCAGAACUCCAAUGGACCCAUCAAGUGCUGAACUAGAAAAUGCAAAUCCUUUGGUAUUUUGAUGGACCACGUAAGUUGGUCACUUACAGUUACAGUUUUAGAGAAAUGUAGCUGCUAAAUUGAAGUUUCACUCCAUUUGCACCCUACCCCAUCCUGACUCCAGCCCCAUCACAUUAUGGAACCUUAGAGAUGAAAAGGACCUCAGGGAUCAUCUAACCCAGUCUCUCAACCAAUACAGGAAUCUUUUCUCCCCUAUUAACUUAGGACUAAAUUGCGAAGAAAGGAGAGGAAAAGAAUAAGUGCUUUACAUAUUUUCUCAUUUGUUCCUCACAAUAAACCUGUGAGGGAGAUGCUAUUGAUAUCCCUUUUUUGAACAUUAGUAAAUUGGGACUGAGAGAGAUUAAGUGACUCCCCAAGAUUGUAGAGUUAUCAAGUGCCAGAAGAUUUAAACCUAAGUCUGCCUGACUUCAAUUCCCAUGGUCUCUCCAUUGUGCCACCUAUUUGUCUCAUAGAUGGGGAGGGAGAAGAUUAUUUGAAAGAUAUUUUUCAAUGAGUCAUUGAAACCCUACAGAAUAGAUACUUCAGAGCUACUGAGUCUGACAUAGACUUUGAUGAGCUACAAUAUAGGGUUGUAUAACCUAAGAAGAAACAAAUCUCAACUCUAGAGGAUUUUAUUGAUAAACUUCACAAAAGAUUUGGUGACAAGAGUUUCCCAAAGAAUAAUCAGCUAGUGACGCAUCAUGUAACAUGGUGGCAUUCAACAAAUAAAGAGAAUUGAAUUAAAUGAGCAACAUGUACAUUUUUUUCC